ACUCUCCGCUCUCCAAAAUGGCCGGCUGGAUCAACCGCGAGAACCGGGUACCUCAGUACCAGCGCAUAAUGCAGGGCGCCGAUAACCUCAGACUCUGGGAGAAGGCCCGCGGCAAAUGGAUGAUUCCCGCCUACAAGGUGCUGCUCUUCACCACCUUCGGCUCCAGCAUGUACAUGAUGGGUCGUUUGGUUCUGGGGCACAAGACGUGGUUUGGCAAGAACUAGAUCGAUUGACACUUGAUGAAGCACCUAGCGCAUCUCAGGGCGGCUGGGAGGGCAUUGUGGCUUGUAUCUUGUACAAACAGUCAACAGAAACCGCUUAUAGUAGACUUUUCUUUUGUAGGACUCGAUAGUGUGGCAUUGCCCACUUGAAGCUUGAUUUCUCUCAGUGAUGUAUGAAUGUGUGGGUGAAGAUGCCACAUUCGCCUGGAGGUCACAGGUGCAGUGAAGCUACCAGUCAAACCCACAAAGAUCAAUUGACC